GGUUGCCUGCUUUUGUAUUGCGCACGCGUACGAACGGCGUGCUACGCUACACACAGACAGACGUGACCGCAGCGCUGCCCCGCAACGAUGGGCUGCGCCGCCUCCAAGCCGCCGGCUCAAGACGCCCCAGUGACACCCACCUCCACCAGCCCAACGAAAACCGACGCCAGCCCAAGCCCGACGAAGACGCCAAUCGAAAAGCCGGCACCGACACCUACGAAGACCGUGAGCCCGCCGCCCGUGCCGCCCUUGACCCAAAAGUCACCCGAACAAAAGACGCCGGUCGCGGCGCCGCUCAGCUGCCGGACGGAAGGAAGCGACUGGGACGCCACUCCCAGAACGCCGCGGCCCGUCACGCCUAUGUCUUCCGAUUCCGAUUCUGAUGAUAGUAGUGAUGGAGAGGACGACGAUCGGAGAUGUGGAAGAUCGACGGCCGAGCCCGACGCCGACAACUGGUUUCCGGCAAAGCUAGGCAUCGGCGGCGCGCAGCAGAAGUGCCCGCCCCUCCAAUGCGGGUCGUGCGGCUUUGAGGUCCAUCGGUUCAGCGGCCACCGCUGGCACCGCCAGAUUGAUUAUAUGCACUUCCGGCAUUUUGAAGGCCACUCCUACGACCUUGUGAAGUUGAGAGCGAAACUCGUGCCUUCCGAAGAGUAUGCUGCGUAUUCUUGUCAGUGCGCGUGGCAAUCAACAAACACGUGGAAGGCCCUGGACCAGUGGGGCUCCGACCCGGCUCCCGAAGGCGGCGCGGCGAACGGUAGGAUCGAAUGGCAGAAGAGGAAAAAGGGGUUUAACAAAUAACAUUAGAC